ACCAACUAAAUUACAAUGGACGAAACACAAUUCACGGAUAAUGCAUUAAGAAUCAUCAACAAUGCUAGUCAAUUAGCUAAAGAGAAUGCUCAUUCCCAGUUGACGCCCUUGCACUUUUUGGCUGCAAUGGUACCAACUGAUGAUGAGAACUCAGUUCCCUACUUGAAGACCUUGAUCCAAAAAUCUCGGUAUGAGUGGGGUGACUUCGAAAGAGCAGUCAACAAACACUUGGUGAGAAUGCCCAGUCAGAACCCUCCUCCUGAUGAUAUAAGACCCAGUUACCAAACGGGUCAAGUGUUGCAAAAUGCCACCAAAAUCAAAGCUCAACAAAAGGAUAAUUAUAUCGCCCAAGAUCAUCUUUUGUUGGCAUUAUUGGAGGACCUGUCGAUUAAAGAUAUUUUAAAAGAGUGUGGAAUCAAACCUGAUGUUAUAAAGACUCAAGCCAUAGAAUUAAGAGGAAACCAACGAAUCGAUUCUAGGCAAGCCGACUCGUCUUCUUCAUUUGAGUUCUUGAACAAGUAUUGUGAAGACUUGACUGAAAAGGCCAGAGAAGGUAAGAUUGACCCGGUUAUCGGAAGAGAAGAAGAAAUCAGAAGAGUCAUACGGGUUUUGGCCAGAAGAACCAAAUCCAAUUCGGUAUUGAUUGGUGAAGCCGGGGUUGGUAAGACUUCGAUUGUUGAAGGUGUUGCUCAAAGAAUCAUCGAUGGAGAUGUCCCAAAUGUAUUGGCCAAUUCCAGAUUAUUUGCCUUGGACCUAGGGGCAUUGACUGCUGGUGCCAAAUACAAGGGAGAGUUUGAAGAGAGAAUCAAGGGCGUUUUGAACGAAAUUGAAAAGUCCAAUGAAAUGAUUAUUUUGUUCAUCGAUGAAAUCCAUAUGUUGAUGGGCGAUGGUAAGCUGGACGCUGCCAAUCUUUUGAAACCAAUGUUGGCUAGAGGAGCCUUGCAUUGUAUUGGAGCCACCACGUUUGCUGAAUACAGAAAAUACAUUUCCAAGGACGGUGCCUUUGAGAGAAGAUUCCAAAAGAUCGAUGUUCCUGCUGCUACUGUCAAUGAAACGAUCGCAAUAUUAAGAGGUUUGCAACCAAGAUACGAAAUCCAUCAUGGUGUUCGUAUUUUGGACAGUGCCUUGGUGGCAGCUGCCCAAUUAGCAUCCAGAUACUUGACUUACAGAAGCUUACCAGAUUCGGCAGUCGAUUUGAUUGACGAAACCGCUGCAACUGUGGCAGUUGCAAGAGACUCCAAACCCGAAGAAUUGGACAAUUUGGAAAGACAAUUGCAUUUGGUUGAAGUCGAGAUCAACGCUUUGGAAAGAGAUGUGGAGGCCGAUGAAGAUUCGAAGGACAGGCUUAAACUUGCCCGGAGAAAGCAAGAAGAAAUUGAAGAGAAAUUGGCUCCAUUGAGAGAAAGAUUCCAACAAGAACGUGCUGGCCAUGAACAAUUGAUCGCGGCCAAACGUAGGUUGGACGAAUUAGAGAUCAAGGCUCAAGAUGCCGAAAGAAGACAUGAUACUGCCACUGCUGCUGACUUGAGAUAUUUUGCUAUUCCCGACAUUGAGAAACAAAUCCAGGUAUUGGAAGUCAAAGUUCAGGAAGAGGAACAAAGUGUAGGUGCUGACAGUCUUUUAAGAAAUGUGGUGGGAACUGAACAAGUUGCUGAGACGGCCGCAAGAUUGACGGGUAUUCCAGUUACAAAGUUGACUCAAGCAGAAAACUCUAAGCUUAUCAACAUGGAGAAGGAGUUGAGCUCAGCCGUGGUAGGUCAAAGUGAUGCUGUCAAGGCAGUAUCUAAUGCCAUCAGAUUACAGAGAUCCGGGUUGGCCAAUCCCAACCAACCAGCCUCAUUUAUGUUUUUGGGAUUAUCAGGAUCUGUUGCCGGUUUCUUAUUUGCAGACGAGAGAGCCAUUUUAAGAAUCGACUGUUCAGAACUAGGGGACAAGUGGUCCGCCUCUAAAUUGUUGGGGGCAGCUCCUGGUUAUGUGGGAUACGAAGAAGGUGGUAUCUUAACAGAACCAUUAUUACGUCGGCCAUAUUCUGUCAUUUUGUUCGAUGAGGUGGAAAAGGCAGCUCCAGAAGUAUUGACAGUUUUGUUACAGAUGUUGGAUGAUGGUAGAAUCACCUCAUCUCAAGGUAAGUUGGUUAAUUGUUCUAAUGCAAUUGUGAUCAUGACAUCCAACUUGGGAGCUGAAUAUAUCAAUGCAUCCAGGGGAUCCAAGAUCGACGAGCUGACCAAAGAGUUGGUAAUGACCGCUGUAAGAAGCCACUUCAGACCCGAAUUCUUGAACAGAAUCUCCAGCACUGUGAUCUUUAACAGAUUGUCGAAGAAGGCCAUUGCUAAGAUUGUCAGAAUCAGAUUGAAGGAAAUCCAAGAAAGAUUUGCUGCGAACAGCAAGCAGUUAACAUUGGACAUCGAUGAUGCUGCUUUGGACUACUUGUGCAAAAAUGGAUACUCUUCUGAUCUUGGUGCCAGACCAUUGAACCGGUUAAUCCAACUGGAGAUCUUAAACAAAUUAGCCGUCUACUUAUUGAAGGGCCAGAUCCGCGACAAGGAAGUGGCUAGGAUCAGGUUGGGCCACAAAGGAUUGGAGAUAGUGCCCAACCACGAGGUUGAAGAUGUCGACAUGGAAGAUGUUGAUGUCGAACAAUGGGAAGACAGUGAUGACCAAGACGAUGAUCUUGAGUCCACACCCGUUGACUAAUUGUAUAGCAUAAAAUAAAAGGUAAUAAAUAAAAAGUUAUAUUUAUGCACGAUGUAUGUUGAUCGCCUCAGAUAACAAACAGAUGCUUACCUGUUCUGUAAUUCCGUUUCUUUUUGCUCAGAAAUCAGCUUCCAUCUCCAUGUCGCAAAUGCUUUUUCCAUUUUCAGAAGACUCUUCACGCUCCGCAUUUGAAGAAGAACCUGGAGAAGGAAGCCAACAUAAACUGAACUCCUUCAUAAUAAGGGUAUUUUUUUUCUAAAACCAGCGGCUAUUUUACCCUGCAACAGUGACACGGCAUAUCUAACAUAAUCUGAACAACUGCCAUUGUCCCUACCUAAAGGUGUCGAAGAAGGGGCGAUGCCGAUGCAGCCUCUCGCCUUUCGCAUGCACAGAUUUUUUUUAUGUACCAGGAAAUCAUAUGCACCGCAUAGAUGACAAAAUUAAACUAUGCAAUGUAAUAUAUAAUCCCCCCAUUUCCUCUCAUUUAUUAAGAAAACACUUUUAGUUCGACAUGCUGCAAAACGAAGUGCAAAAUCAUCAAUUGGGGCCAUUGCUUGCCUUAUCAGAUGCCUUAAUAGGUAAGAUUGACCCAGAAGAGAUCAGACACAAGCUUCCUUCUACCUUCCCAAUGGAAAGAUUAGAAGAGUACUGUAAUUUGAUACCCAGUAAAGUCCCUGGAUUCAAGGAAGAAAUCUGCCUGAAGGUCAAUGGCAGUGGAAUUGAUUCCAGCAAAAAGUUUGUGAUGUUGAUGUCGUUGUUAUCAUCAAGACUUGCGGCACCAGUGUUGACUGGAUCCACCACUUUAAUUACCGAGAUGUCCAAUGACCAAAAGGCCCAGCUCUUGAGCAAAUGGAGAGACUCGUCACUUUCGGUGUUAAGAAACUUAUACCGAAGCAUUUAUGCGUUGACGAUUGCCACGUAUCUGACGUUGGGUGGUGAUUUGCAUAAUAUGGCUAUUGGAUACCCAGGAAGGGACCUCCGCGAAGAAUUAUAUGAAGGUCAGCUCCCAAACUCGUACAAGUACGAGAUGAUUGAUCGGGUCAAGUCCGAUGGCACCGAAUUGUACUUGCCCAAUAUCGAUGCGUUGAUCAUUGGAAGUGGUGCCGGUGCUGGAGUAGUGGCCCACACUUUACAGACUG